AUGCAACGAACAACCACCACACGAAUCAAACCCAGCCACACUGAACGGGCCCCAGCGCUGCUCAACCUCCCUCCCACCAUGCCGCGGUUUAAUCGCCGUGAGCAGCUCCCGCUGCACAUCAAGCGCGCAUUAUGCGCGCAUCACGUCGAGCACCCCCUCCUGCGUCACGUAGAUCUCGCCCGCUGGGUUUACGCCCAGUAUGGCCUGCGACCUGACCGCUCCACGGUCGGCCGCAUCCUGAAGAAUGCCGAGCGUUGGGCUCUGGUCGAACCCACUGCCGCCAAUCAAGUGCGCUGUCGAGGUGGCGCAUGGCCUGAGCUUGAGCAGGCCAUGGCGCGCUGGAUCGCUAACGCUGGCCCCGCGGGCGUACCACUCACUCUGCAGACGAUCCGCGACCACGUGGCGACCAUGGCGCGCAACAUGGGCAUUCCGCCCGUGUUCCGUUGCUCCAUUGGCUGGGUUCGCCGUGCGUUGCGGCGCCAGGGAGUGCGAUGCCGUGCCGCCACCGGCGAGGCGGCGAGCGCCGACAUGGCUGCUGUGCGUGAAGCGCGUGAGAAGGUGCCGCAACUUCUUACUCACCUCGGCUACAAGCCGCGCGACACCUUCAAUCUUGACGAGACCGCGCUGUGGCUCUCUGUGCUGCCUCGGAAAACAUACAGCAACGCGCGGCUUCCCGGACGCAAGGUCUCAAAGGACCGGCUUACCGUGGCGUUUCUCGUUAACGCCGACGGGAGCCAUGUUUUCCGGCCGUUAGUCAUCAGCAAGGCGCGCCGUCCGCAUGACUUCCGGCCGGACUACGACCCCGAAGCCGUCAGCAGCUUCUGGACGGCGGGGUUGGCGCCGCGAUGGGCGGAAUUCAUGGCUGCAAAGACGACGAAGGACGGCCGUGCUCUUCUCAAGCCGGUUGUCGUCCGGCAGAAGGCCCAACAUCCAGAGACGGAUGGUUCUGACCUCGUAGCGAACCUCAUAGAAGCAGCGAAGAAGAUGCACAUUCGCAAGCUGAGACGAACGAUCGUCGACAUCAAGCAGAGCAGCAAGAAUCCGUCGGGAGGUAGAGCUCCAGGCGCCAUGUCGCCAGCGCUUGGCCUCGGAAAUGUCUCUGCUCUGGAGUCCAGACCACUCAAGAAGCCUCUGGUUCAACCAAGCAUCAACGGCACGGAUGACAAGGGCCGAACGGCUCUACAUUUCUCUUGCGGGAUGGCUUCUACAGAAUGUGCCGUUGUGCUGCUAGAGUCAGGGGCUGAGGUGAACGUACGGGACAAUGAGGGGUUCACUCCUCUCCACAUGGCAGCUGGAUACGGUCGCAGUCAGUCGGUCGAGCUCCUUCUCAAAGCAGGCGGGGAGUCAGACGGCGUGGCGAAGGCGCUGGCGAAAUUGGAAGCGAGGUCGGAUGUUACAUGGAUCGCUGGGCGUGCCGCUUCUCUCGCGAACGCUUUUUCAGCGGCCUGCCGAAACGGCCACGUAGGCAUCGCCGAGACGCUGCUCAAAUCUGGAGCGUCCGUUGACGCCGUGGACGGGGAGGGAGCCACGCCCCUGCUGGCCGCUGCAGACAGUGGCUUCGCCAACUGCGUACAACUCCUGCUUGAAGUGGGAGCUCAGCCCGACGCCCGGGACAAAGUGGGAGUGACGCCUCUUAUUGCAGCUGCAUACAACGGGCAUGAAGAGGCUCUCUCAGCGCUCGUGCGCCAUGGAGCUGGUGUCGAUGCGAGGUCGCAUGGAGGCGUCACGCCCCUCAUUGCUGCUGCUGAGGGCCGCCAUGCACGCUGCAUCCACCUGCUUGUCCAGGCAGGCGCAGACGUGAAUGCGCGCACGUCAGAGGGCAAGACAGCACUGAUGCAUGCAGUGGGGCGCAGCUCAGUGCCGGCAACAGAGGCGCUGCUGGCAGGAGGCGCGGACGUGAGUGCUGUGGAUGGAGAAGGCCUGUCUGCUCUGCACCACGGCGCUCGCCUUGAUGCUGCUGACUGCGUUGAGCUGCUGUGCGCCAAGGGCGCGAGCAUGACCAAGAGGUGCAAGAAGGGCCGCACUGCUCUCAUGGACGCACCCAAAGGCUCCGCCUCUGCUGCCAUCCUGGAGGAGAAGUGGAAGGCUUUGGAGGAGGAGGUAGCGAGGCGGCAAUUGGAACUUUUGGAGCUUUUCGCUGAUGAUGCCCAUGAUGCUGCCGCCUCCAAGCCAAACGCACCCGUAGCAGCAGGCGCCAAGAGCGGCAAGGACAAGAAGAAGGCCGGGAAAGGCAAGAGCAAGACUCCCAAGGGGAUAGCCUCCCUGACCAGCAAACUGCAGGGGCUGGCGGAAGGGCCAGGCUCGGCGGCAGGCUCGGCAGCAGGUUUGGCUGCAGGUUCGGUGGGGUCUGCAGGGUUGGUGGGUGAUGUGCAGAAUCUGGUGGUUAAGACCCCGGAAUCGUCCAGCCGACCCAGUAUGUCCCCUAGCGGUUCGAAUGGAUGCGCCUGCAAGCAAAGCCAUCAGUGUGAGGAGAUCACGGGCGAGCUUGCAAGGCGAGUGGCAGAACUGGAAGCAGAGCUGAGAGCAGCCAGGGCUGCAGCAGAUGCUGCCAGGGCGGCUGCUGCAGCAGAGAGGGCGAGAGCAGCCCAGCUGGAGCAGCAGCUGAUCAGUGGACGGAAAGCCACUGAGAUAAUAAGCGCUCGGGACAAAUCCCAGAUCCAAAUUUUGCAGCAAUCCCUUUGCUCCCAAUCCAUCUCUCUCGCAGCAGCCACUGCAUCAGCAGAGGCCUCUCGCCGCGCCCUCGCCUCCUCCCACUCUGACUGGCACUCACAGCUCCACCGAAUCCGCUGCCAGGCUGUAGCAGCCGCCGUAACCGCCGCUACAGCCAGCUGGCAGGCUUGGGAAAGCUCCCACAUUCUUGAGGUGGCUCUGCUGUGUCAGCAGCUGAGUGACAGCACUGCUGCCAGCACAACCGUUUCAGGAGCACCAGCAGAAACAGAUGCAGCAGCAGGAGCAGCAGCAAGAACAGCAGCAGCAGCAGCAGCAGCAAAAGCAGCAGCGCCAGUACCACGCCUCUCCAGCCACGUGCCAUCAGGGCUUGAGUGCAAGCCCUCCGCCUCUGUGCAUCCUGCAGCUGACUGCCAUACCGCUGCUGUGGGAGUCGACCCUCUCUCUCACGACCCCAUGCUUUCCUUCAAGGCAUCACUGCUAGCUGGAAAGAUCAGCAGUGCUGCAGCUGCUGCUGACCGUGCUACUGCGGCUGCUGCUGGUGGUAUUGGCAGUGUGGUAGCUGGUACUGCAAGAAUUGGUGCAUCCAAGCUGGGUGAUGCUGAUGACUUUCCAGCAGAUGAGGAGAUAGCAUACCCUCUUGGCUCACUCAAACCAGCCAUCGAAUCUUGGAAGGUUGACCUGAUUGCGCCCUCCCAUGGUGAUGCAGCUGCGUCCCUCAAAGCCUCAUUUCUUUCGAGGAAGCUUCUCGGCAAAAGCAAUCUGGACCGCUCCAGCAGUAUGGAAUUUCUGCAAGGGGUGAAACCAGGGAUGAAAGCAGGGCAAGAAGGUAGUGUGGGGGCGUUUUUCUCUUCCCCGCACCACCAUCACGAUACAACAGCAAGCAUUAUGCGGAAAAUAGCCCUGGAAUAG